GAGGAGGACACAAUUCACUAAAAGCCACAAGACUUGACAAGGGCUUUCAGAACAGGCAGGUUUUCAAGGGGAAAUGGCUGUUUUCCUCUCAGACCUGGUUCAAUACCAGAAGCUAUUGCUAAUGAUUAUGGUGCUAGGAAUUGGUGGAACCCACCCACCUGGUUUUCAAAUGUCUGUGAUCAAUUAUACUUCUCCGAUAAGCAAAUACAUUCAGAAGUUUAUCAGCGAAAGUUUGUUGGAGCAAUACAGUUCUGUGCUGCAUCAGGACACAUUAUUGUGGUCCUUCAUCGUGUCUAUGUACUGUGUAGGUGGAAUGAUAGGGUGUCUGUGUAGUGGGUAUCUGAUUGCAAAAUACGGAAAGAAGAAACAUCUGCUGUUCAACGAUGUGGUCCUAAUAAUAGCCACGCUGCAUACUGGCUUCAAUAGUAGAGCCAAGUCUUUUGAGAUGAUCCUGACUGGGCGCUUCCUCAAGGGCAUUGGUGGUGGAAUAAAUAUGAAUGCCCUCGUUCAGUAUGCUGGAAAGAUCUCACCUAAGAAGUUGCAUGGAUUUGUAAAUGUGACCUCCUCUGUGUUUCUUGCACUAGGAGAAGCUGUAGCAAGAGUUCUUGGAUUAUGGUUCUUAUAUCUUCUGGAUCAGUUCCUCUGGAUGCGUUACUGCAGUGUUAUUCUUAUCUUUUUAUUCAUCAUUGCCUAUGGAAUAGGACAAGCUGGAGCCGUCACAUCUGUCAUGAAUGAAAUCUUCAUCCUCUCAACAAGGUCCUCUGCUUUUGUAAUUGGUGGAAUUGUCAUUUGGCUAGGCCCCACUUCCACUAGAAUGAUCUUCCCCUUUGCUGUCGUGCUUCUUGGUCCUUUUUGCUUCCUCAUCUUUAUGCUGGUCAUUUCAGUGGUUCUCAUCUACCUGUUCCUCCCAGAAAUAAAAGGGAAGUCAACCACUGAAAUCACAGAAGAAUUCAAAAUGUGCCAAUUUAAGAAGAAAUGUCAUCAGAGUGUGGAGAACAAAGCUACCAAAGAAAAGACAUUCUGCACCAAGCUCUGAUAGGCCACCAUAAGCAACUUCCACUGACAAAAAGCCCUGUCUCAAAAUCAAACUGAAAGCUAAACCUUAACAUGGACUUUUCUCAAUAAAAUGUAAUCUAAAAAGUAA